GUGGCCCAGGCAGUGUUGUUCAUGUGUAUGAACACAGCUGGAAUCUUCAUCAGUUACCUGUCAGACCGGGCCCAGCGCCAAGCCUUCCUGGAGACACGGAGGUGUGUGGAGGCGAGGCUGCGCCUGGAGACAGAGAACCAAAGACAGGAGCGGCUAGUGCUGUCUGUGCUCCCACGGUUUGUUGUCCUGGAAAUGAUCAAUGACAUGACCAAUGUGGAAGAUGAGCACCUGCAGCACCAGUUCCAUCGGAUCUACAUCCAUCGCUAUGAGAAUGUCAGUAUUCUUUUUGCAGAUGUUAAAGGAUUUACCAACCUCUCCACGACCUUGUCCGCUCAGGAGCUGGUCAGGAUGCUCAACGAGCUCUUUGCCAGAUUUGAUCGACUGGCCCAUGUGAGUUGAAUUUAAU